AUGGUGGCCUACACCCUGCUCUUCAUGGGUACCGGCCUGGUCUUGAUGGCUUUUGGGACCGAUUUUUGGUCAGAGCACACUUCAAUUGAUGUGCCGAGUAAGUAAAGGAUGUACAUGUGACAACAGGUAUGAUGUUUUAGACGUUUCUUAUCUUCACCGGGGUCUUUACCGACACUGUCAAGUCGAGAAUCAACAGAAAAUAUGUUACAGUAGGUAUUCGGAUCAAAAAUUGCUGGAGGAUGGACUCAGAAUUCCCAUCUUUCGAAAUCACGGAACAGUAAAGUCCAUGAGGCGUAAGUUGGAUUAAGUUUAUACUGCACCUUAGCCCAUUACAUUUCUAAUUUAAUUGUGCUGAUUUAGAUUUUGAAUCUGUCCUAGUCAUCCUCGAUGGGAUCUCCUUGGUCUUGGCCUUAAAUGCACUGCUAUUUGGACUUUGUGCUUGUGCCAAUAAAUGUGCAAUAUUCACUUUGAUCAUACAAAUAUUUUGUUCUGGUAAGUUGAAGUCAUCUUUUAGACCAUGUUAAACUUUAGCUGCACUGUCCGGUGUUUGUGGAGCCAUGUAUUACGAACACAACAAAAAGGGCUUGACUUUUCCAUUGGAAAUCCGAAAUGGGGAAACGGUAGUGCCAAUUUUUACGGUAAGUUAUUUAUACAGCUUUGCAAAAUUUUUGUUUCCUCUUUAGGCAGCUUUUAUUAUCAAGUAUUCGAAAUACCGUAUUUUACAAAUUUCAUUUUUUUCCAGCGAAGUUUCCUUUCCUGGUCCUUCUUCAUGUCCAUUUUUGGCUCGUUUCUUCAAUUUUUAUCCUGCAUGUUCUACAUUUUUGGCGCUACUUGUUGUCAUGUCCCGCCAGAGAAACGUAGAAGUCGUAGUCGGGAAGUUCAGCGUCCCUCCCCAGCCCUCAAAAACGUCUAUGUCAACGAAAAAGAAGUUCUCCAAUCAAUGAGUCCCAAACUUCCAAAAAAGCCUGUUCCUCCAAAUUCACCUGUCCCAAAACCUCCAAGGCGAUUUCAAAUUGCACCGACAGCUCCGAACAUGACCAUAUCAGACAUUAUGGAGUAUUAUGAGGACAUUUUUGAUAAGAGAUAA